GGCCUUAUGGGUCCUGGUUACGGAAGCCGGGGAAGGCUGAGAGCCGGGUCUACCUCAAGGAAUUAGCCGGGAAAAGCUGGCUAGCGGUACAGAAAAGGUGUCUCAGGCCUAAUGGCGACUGUGGGCGCAAGCGGCAACGAUGGGAAGGGGCAAGGGCUGGAGACCCCCGUCACCUAUUUCCGUUUGGAGGAAGUAGCUCAGCGUAAUACCUCGAAGGAGACGUGGCUGGUGAUCCACGGGCGAGUUUACGAUAUCACCCGAUUCCUUAAUGAGCAUCCUGGCGGAGAAGAGGUUCUGCUGGAACAAGCUGGUGCAGAUGCAAGUGAAAGCUUUGAAGAUGUAGGCCACUCCUCUGAUGCCAGAGAAAUGCUAAAGCAGUACUACAUUGGUGACGUGCAUCCGAAUGACCUUAAACCUGAAAGUGGGAGCAAGGACCCUUCAAAAAAUAGCACCUGCAAAAGUUGCUGGACAUACUGGAUUUUCCCCAUUGUCGGCGCUAUUCUUCUAGGUUUCCUGUACCGUUACUACUACACGCCGGAGAGCAGAUCCUCCUGAGGAGGCCUUGCUGACAUCUGGAGAGCGUACCCACUUGGGAUUGAAAACUAGAGACUUGAUUGGAGGCUGCAGCGUUGCCCUGUUCCCAAAUCCAGCCAGUUGUAUUCUUCCCCCUUGGAGCCCAGACAGUUAGCCACGCAUCCACCUCAGGCCUGGGAACAGUGUCCUCCUUUCUCAGAGCCUUACUUCCAAAGCACCUGCUCCCUGUGCUGUGUCCUUGCCCCUGUUUCCUGUCUUCACUGGUUUCCACGAGCAUCUUUAUAUUACAAAGUUUUCGGUUAAUAGCUACAAUCCUAGUGACACUGCACUUUGGUAAAAAUGCACAUGAGACCUUAACAUAGCAGCACUCUCUGGUUUUGAAGAUUUUCUUUUUCAACUUUUCUUUUAAGUAAAUAUCAUUAUUUUUAAAUUCUGACUUAAUUUUAUUUGCCACAAGGGGUUUAAUUCAUGAAGUAAGUUGUACACCUGCAACUUAAAACACAACUGCCAAAUGAUCUUGUUUCUCGUUUAUAUUUGUUAAAACUAGAAAGAGCCACGUGAUUGUCUCCUCCCUCCCCAGCUAGUACAGCAGGUGGCUCUUGCCACCCCUUAGUCCACUAUGUGGUGCUGGACAGAACUGUGCUUUCCUUUCAUUUCUCAGAACAGACACAGGGAAGGGGAGCCGUGAACAGACUGAUAGGGAGAGUUCACAGCAGUCUUUCCUUGGAAAAAUAUCAAGAAACACUGCUAUAACGCAGGAGCCUGGAAAAAGCACCAAAGAUUUCGUCCUUUACUUUGGUUUGGCACCAGUUUCUAGCCAUCUUUUUUUUCUUAGUUUUCCUUUCCCUCAACCAUCUUUCUCAGUAAAAUACAAACUUGUAAUUAUGUCUGUAGAGCUUUACCAGGGAUUUUUGCUUCUUUUUUGCUUAUUGGUUAGCAAUUUUUUUAUUCCCUGUUUUAAUGAAAGUAAGAGACUCCAAAAUGAUCAAAGAUACAGUAUUUGAUCUUCUGUUUUUCCAGUAAGUACUUGAAAUGGGGGAUGGCGACAAGAGAAUGUUUUUCAUUUCAUCUGUUUUUUACCCCCAAGGUUCUAGUUUGUGGUUGUGUUGUUUUUCUCUUGAGAAUAAAAACCUUGUAGGUUUUUUUUUCUUGGAGGAGUAUUUCAUUGAAGAGUAGGUUACUACUUGGAAUUAUAUUACUGUUUCUUCUUGGUUCAGGAACUUCUUUGGCAUAUUCGCCUUCACGUUUUUUUCCCUGUGGAAGCACCCGAGGAGACAGUCCACUGACUGUUUUCUGCCCGCCACUGGCUGAGGUAGUUUUUCUCCCUGUCCUCUGAGGGUUACCAGUCUGCCUCCGAGCCAUGGUCAUGUGCAACAGGGAGCAGUGCGGCUCCAGAAGGACCACGGGCAGUGUUUAGUCUCUCCUCCUGCUUUCUGCUCGCCAGGGACUGGACAAGACAGGAAACUGCCUGGGACACCAGUGUCUGCCCAUGCAAACUAUUUAAGAAAAAGUUCAACCCAGGUCUUAUAUCCUGUGAUUUUAGCAGUUAGUGAAUUCAGAAUUCAUCAAAAAUAUUACCCAUUUUUUAGUGUUGCAGGUUCGAUUCCCAGUCAGGGCACAUGCCUGGGUUGCAGGCCACGGCCCCCAGCAACCGGCACAUUGAUGUUUCUCUCUCUCUCUUUCUCCCUCCCUUCCCUCUCUAAAAAUAAAUAAAUAAAAUCUUUUUAAAAAGUUAAAAAAAUAUUACCCAUUUUUGCACACUUGGAUAUGGUACUAUGGAGUAACUUUGGAGGAUUUCUGGCUGACUUUUAUCAUCAGGGAUAUGGUCUAGUCAAACUUUUAUUGUUAGAAAAUGUUUUUGUAUAUACUAUAAGAUGGCACCGUAAGACAAUUUAUUGAAAACAAGUAUCUUUGGUUGUGUAGCAAAAGUGGCGUGACUGCCAAUGCUCCUUUAUUUGAAGGCAGGGAAGAGAUGCCUCGAGUAAGAGUUUGUAUGUAAUUGCUGUGCUGUGAGUUGCAUGAUUACAUGGGACCAUGCUGCGUAGAAGUAAAGAACAAAGGAGCAUUGAGGAGCUGGAAAGGGAACAUUCAAGCUAAAACUAAGCCGGAAGAUAACUUGGAUCGAUCACAAGUGUAUUGGCAGUCUCCAAAAUUGAAUGAAAAACAUCUGGCUUAUAAGAAACAUUAAAGAACGAUAGUCUCAAGUAAAACUGGUGUUUUUAAUAUUUUUUAGUGUAAACACCAAUGCAAAAGGCAUGUUUUUCUAUUUCAUAUUGGUUGUCUUUUCCUGUUUAUAUCCGGACUUGUUUUUACUCAGAGCCAGAGGAAAAGAUUUUCAGACUUUGUCUCUACCAUCCAUGAAAUUCAUCCAAUACCCAGGGCUUCUUUUGAUCUGCUAAUGUGAUGUCACUUUAUAUUAUGAAAACAACUUCUGGGUCCGUUUGCUAUUAUUCUGCUGCCUACAUAAACAGCCAGGUGAAAGGUAGAGCUUGUGUGAGAGUUUGAAGAGAUUUUUCUGAACAAUAAAGUAAUACAGUGUGUUAGCCAAAUCCAUCCAAAAGGACUUCUGUUUUAAGAAGUAGACUUGAAUUCUCAAACCAGUCUCAAUAGUGGUAGAUCAUGAAAACCCCUCUGGAGCGAGGGGGUCCGCCCCUGCUGGCUGACUGGGCCCCAGAACCGGUCUCUGGGGUGUUUGGUGGUUUGUUCCCAAGCACGAUUAGCUGCUGCUGCACACCCUGCUGUACACAUAAGGGCUGGGGAUCUCAAAAGAAGAUGAGGGGAAAUUUGUGCCACCAAAAUAGGUUGCACCAGUCUCCAAAAUUUCCUGGCCCGCUGUGCUUUUAAGAAUUGGUUUAGUUUCCAAAUAACUUCUACAUUUGUAAAGACAAAAAAUACUGUGUUUAGUUCUUAUGUGACUGCUUAAGCAGAAACAAAAACCCAUUAGAACCUAUAAUUUGAGUCUAUAAAGUUCUCUGAGCAGUUGUCAUAAAUGCAUAUGUUGUGAAAUGAGUGCAUUGUUGAGCUUAUACUCUUUAGUUCCCAUGUGGAGCAAUGAAAAAUGCUUUUUACAGGCCAGGUGUAUCAUUACCCAUGGUAUCUCGUGCUUGCAAUCUCAAGUGAUAGCUAUCUGGUUAAAUUCCAUUUUAGGAAAUUAAAAUGCAGGAUGUUAAUGUUUAUUAUGUCCUUCCCCAGGAGAAAUGGAUUUAGAUAUGUCUUGUCUCAACAAGAAAUUGAUUCUUUUUAAACCAUCUUAUUUGGUUGUCAAAUAUCACAAGAGUAACAGGGGGUUUGGUCACAUUGGGCUGUCAUGUUCUGAAAGAGCCCGGUGGGGAACUUAUGGGGUGAUUUCAGAGGAAGGUUCUGAGAAGCAGAGCUGAACUUAAGUUACCCACCCUACAUGUAGCCUCUUCCUCAUGAGUUUUAGGAGCUGCUCUUUGCCUGCAUCUAUAUUCUACAUUUGCUACUUUGACAAAACAUUAUUGCGAUUAUUUGACUUCCUUUUUACUUCACCCUUGACUGUGAAUGAGUAAUAUUAACAUUCCUUUUGUGUAUUCAAUAAUACAGUUUGUUUACCUAUUUUAUUUCAACAUAUUUUGAACAAAGAUCUUUGUCUCUUUCUGCUGGAAUGUGCACACAGUGAAUGUUUGUUAGAACCACUUACAAUAAAGAUACUGUUUUCCUUUU